AUGGCCCCAGCCAGUAUUGUUUUGUAUGAUAUCCCUACCAAGGACCCCCAACGCUGCUGGUCCUUCAACCUCUGGAAGACACGGUUGCUUCUUAACUUCAAGGGUCUUGACUAUAAAACGCAAUGGGUCGAAUAUUCUGACAUCCGCCCAUUGUUAGAGAAGCAUCUCCCAGGGGAGGAGGAGUACACCCUCCCCAGCGUUCAUCUUCUUCAAGAUGAUACAUACAUAAUGGACUCGCUUAAAAUUGCUCGCCAUAUUGAGUCUAUUCAUCCUGAACCUCCACUUUACCUUGACUCUCCCCUCAUUGGCCAGCUGUGGCAGCACCUACGAGGAGUACUUAUUGCCAUCCAACCUAUCCAUAUUCACCUCAUAGCGACACGUUUGCUCUCAGAGAAGAGUACCCCGUAUUUCUUUGAGACCCGGAAAAAGGACAUCGGAAAGUCUACAGCUGAAUGGUACCAUCAACAUGAAGGAACUGCAUGGGAAAAAUCCACACCACACUUCUCCGCGAUCACCGCCCUCCUGAAAGAGACGGAUGGCCCAUUCUUCAUGGGCGGGGUUGUAUCGUAUGUUGACUUUAUAUGGGCGGCCGUGCUUCUAUUCUUUCAGACGCUUGGAGACGACGUGUUCACCAAUGUGCUGAAGGCAAGCGGGGAUGACGGUGAAAGUUUCACGGUGCUGCUGGAAGCGGUCCAGCCUUGGUCUGCAAGGAACGACUUUUAG